AUGGAGCCAGGGAGGCUGGAGAAGUUCCCCAGCCCGGGCAGGGGCAGCGGCCUCCGCGCUCUGAAGCGGGCGCGGCCCGGCGAGCUGCUGUACCGGGCCGAACCCUUCGCCUGCACCGUCACCAAGCAGCGACUGGGCGGCGUGUGUGAGCGCUGCCUGCGCAGGAAUGAACGGCUGCUUAGAUGCUCUCAGUGCAAAAUUGCCAGAUACUGUGAUACACGUUGUCAGAAAGAAGCCUGGCAGGAGCACAAGCGAGAAUGCAAGUGUCUUAAGAGUAUUGAGCCUAACUUUCCUCCUGACUCAGUGAGACUUGUUGGCAGGAUUGUUUUUAAACUACUUGGACAAUCAGCAGCAUGUCCUUCUGAGAAACUCUACUCUUUUUCUGAUCUUCAGUCAAAUAUUGAAGAGUUAAGCGAAGAAAUGAAAGAGGGUCUCAGGCACCUGGCACAGACAUUGCAGCUUUAUUUGCGAGUGGAGAUCCAGGAGGCUUUUCAGCUGCUACCUGCAAUAGACAUUUUUCAGAUCUUCGCAAAAGUGACCUGUAACUGUUUCACCAUCAGUAAUGGAGAAAUGCAGGAUGUUGGUGUUGGCCUGUAUCCCAGCAUGUCUCUCGUGAACCACAGCUGUGACCCAAACUGUGUGAUUGUUUUUGAGGGACGCCAGCUUCUACUUCGGUCAGUCCGGGAGAUCCAGAUUGGUGAAGAGCUCACUAUCAGCUAUAUUGAAUCACUGAUGCCCAGCAGUGAGCGUCAAAAACAUCUGAAGCGCCAGUAUUGCUUUGAAUGCAACUGUCUUCUAUGCAAGACACAAGAAAAGGAUGUUGACAUGCUGGCAGGUGAAGAGCAAGCCUGGAAAGAAAUCAAAGAUGCUGUAGCUAAAGUGGGAGACCCAAGGUCACAAGAAGAGUGGGAGCAGGUUCUGGCAAUGUGCCAGGCUCUUCUAAAUAACAAUGCAGAUCGUCUUCCAGACACAAACAUCUAUCUGCUGAAAAUGCUUGACUGCGCCAUGGAUGCCUGUAUUAAUCUCAGACGUUGGGAGGAAGCCUUGCUUUACGGCAACAGGACUCUAAAACCAUACAGACUGUAUUAUUCCAGCUUUCAUCCCUUGAGGGCUGUCCAGAUGAUGAGAGUGGGCAAAUUGCAGCAUACUCAAGACAUGUUUCCUCAAGCACUGGAGACCUUGAAGCAGGCUUAUAACAUUAUGAAAGUAACCCAUGGAGCAGAUCACAGCCUGGUGCAAGACCUGAUGAAACUUAAGGAACAGUGUGAGGCUGACAUGCGAGCACAGUGAGGAUGAUCUCAGGCUGGAAAACUAACAUUCAGGGGGAAAGGAAAGCAAAUCUUUUUUGUACUGACAUUCUAUGACCUGAGCCAAAGCCCUCUGAAUUCAUUGGAAUGACUCCCAUUGAGUUUGGUAGGCUUUGGAUCAGGCCCUAUUUCCUUUGCUAAAAUGUUUAAUGUUUAUUAGCUUUGCUGUUCUGUGGUGUAAUUUUCCUCACUGAAUUCAAAUGUGGAGGAAUACAGGCCAUUUUCAGAGGGAGUCUGCUCUCUGGGAAGCAACAUAGUAGCAAAUAAGUCUUAGCAAUUGAUGUUAAAGUUACAUGUUGGUAAUAAAAAACAUACCUGUAUACAGAAUGCUGCUGUGCACAAAUCAGCAUCUUCUUUGGC